GAAUCACACAGUCUGUCGAUGCACCGAGAAAGUAUUUCUUAUCAGACAUUACAUCACACCAAUAAAUUGUGAGAUAGGAACAGCGGUCCCCCCGUCCCCUGGUCAUUCUCCGACAGAAGUCAAACAAGAUGUUCAAGUACCUGGGAGUGUUCUGCAUGUGUUUCUUGCUCAGUGGCGUUCGGGGUAACUUCCUGGACGACCUGAAACACUUUGGGGACCAGGCCCUCCACUCGGCCCUGGAUUCUCUGUCCACUGAUGGCGUCAAAACCCUCGUGUCCAGCGCCGUCAGCGCUGCCGGAACAGCUCUCCUCUCCUCUCUGCUCGGAAAAAGAACGACCGCCGAUGAGAUGAACCAAGCCUUGGAGAUCCUGAAACAGGAUGCGGAAACAGUUCGUCAGAUCCUUCAUACUUACGGCGGUCGUCUGCAGACUGUGUACGACAAAAUCAAGGACCUGAGCUUCCUGGAUCAGAACGCCCCCGAGUUCCUGAACGAGAUUACCAGACUCAAGGGCCAGUACAAUGCCGUUCUGGACGCCGUUGUAAGUAAGUUCAUGCAGAAGAUGAGCCAGCUUCAGCACUCCAGAAAGAGGGCUCUACUGGACGGGUUCGCCCAGGCUUUCCAAGGCACCGUUGAGCAGCUUAAACAGACAUUCGGUGGAGUUGCUGACUUGUUACACGGAAGUGGAAGUGGUCUUCUGGGACAGCUCACCCAGCAUCUGAGUGGAGCAACUGGAUCUCUGGCCACUCAACUGUCAGGUCUGAAGGAAACCGCCUCUCAGCUGUUGGCUUCCGGUCAGGAGGCAUUAGCUGGAGUGCAUGAAACAGGGGCCGCCGCUGUCGAUCAACUCCACACUGGACUGACCGGAGCCGGAUCUCAACUCAUUGAUCAACUGCUGCAUCCCGCAGGAACCAAGUGAACAUCUACAUCACAAUUAUAAUGUAUCACGUUAUAAAUUCGAUUAAAAAUCCAAAAUAAACAUUUACCAUAAAUCA